AAGAGACCCUAGAUGUAGGGCGGCCUCAGAGGUCCUGUCCUGCUCUCCCCAUGUCCAGGCUUGUGUUGGUUCCAUAGCCCUUGGCUACGAGAAACUAACGUCUAUAUUGGACAGACUCAGUUGUGGGGUCCAGAGGGUCAGCAACCAGUCCUCGGAAUCCAGAGAUUUGACACCAGUCGUCAGGACGGGCACUGUUGGACCUUGUAGGCACAGUGUUUGGCGUGCCAGGGGAACCUGCCCUCUGACUGAGCUUUAGCACAUGCAGGGAAGGGCUAUGUGUUGCAAUUUGGAGCGUGAGGUCUGAGUGCAAUUCUUCCCUUGGCGUUUGAGGUUUAGGUAGCAAUCUGCAUCAUGCUCAAAGCUGUGAUCCUCAUUGGAGGCCCUCAAAAGGGGACUCGCUUCAGGCCUUUGUCUUUUGAGGUGCCCAAACCACUGUUUCCUGUGGCGGGCGUCCCUAUGAUCCAGCACCAUAUAGAAGCCUGUGCCCAGGUCCCUGGGAUGCAGGAGAUUCUGCUCCUUGGCUUCUACCAGCCUGAUGAGGCCCUCACCCAGUUCCUAGAGGCUGCCCAGCAGGAGUUUAACCUUCCAGUCAGGUACCUGCAGGAGUUUGCUCCCCUCGGCACAGGGGGUGGUCUCUACCAUUUUCGGGACCAGAUCCUGGCGGGGGCCCCUGAGGCGUUCUUCGUGCUCAAUGCUGACGUCUGCUCCGACUUCCCCUUGAGUGCUAUGUUGGAAGCUCACAGACGCCAGCGCCACCCUUUCUUACUCCUCGGCACCACCGCUAACAGGACACAAUCCCUCAACUACGGCUGCAUUGUUGAGAACCCGCAGACACAUGAGGUCCUGCACUAUGUGGAGAAACCCAGCACCUUUAUCAGUGACAUCAUCAACUGUGGCAUCUACCUUUUCUCCCCAGAAGCCCUGAAGCCUCUCCGGGAUGUUUUCCAGCGGAAUCAGCAGGAUAGGCAACUAGAGGAAUCUCCAGGCUCAUGGCCAGGGGCAGGGACCAUCCGACUGGAGCAGGAUGUGUUCUCAGCCCUGGCUGGGCAGGGCCAAAUCUACGUGCACCUCACCGAGGGUAUCUGGAGCCAGAUCAAGUCUGCAGGCUCAGCCCUCUACGCCUCCCGUCUCUAUCUGAGCCGAUACCAGAUCACUCACCCAGAACGGCUGGCCAAACACACUCCAGGGGGCCCACGAAUCAGAGGAAAUGUUUACAUCCAUCCAACUGCUAAAGUGGCCCCGUCAGCUGUGCUGGGCCCCAACGUCUCCAUUGGGAAGGGGGUGACUUUGGGCGAGGGUGUACGUCUGCGAGAGAGCAUUGUCCUCCAUGGAGCCACUCUGCAGGAGCACACCUGUGUCCUUCACAGCAUCGUGGGUUGGGGGAGCACUGUGGGGCGCUGGGCCCGCAUAGAGGGGACUCCCAAUGACCCCAACCCCAAUGAUCCCCGAGCUCGCAUGGACAGUGAGAGCCUCUUCAAGGAUGGAAAGCUACUUCCUGCCAUUACUAUCCUGGGCUGCCGUGUCCGGAUUCCUGCCGAGGUGCUCAUCUUGAACUCGAUUGUUCUGCCACACAAGGAGCUAAGUCGAAGCUUCACCAACCAGAUCAUCCUGUGAGGGUGCUACCUAAAGGCCCCCAGGACUCCUGCUCACCUUCCUCGGGGCUGCUGCCUGCCUGGCCAGCUCCGUCCAGAACGGGAUCUGAGGAAACCAGACAGACUCCUCCCUUGCAGGGAGCCACGUGUGUGGCCAGGGACGUCUGGCCUCCCCCUCCACCCCCAAAUAAACCCCUCUGAACCUUG